GGAUAUUUCCUUUCAGGUGUUACCCUCAUGAAGGAAGUCACAUCCCUGUGUGACCCUGCUGUGAGCCCGUGGAGUCCUUGGCCCUGAUCCAGUAUCCGGCUGGUGUCAGUGACCUGGUGUAAGCGGUGGAGACGCUGAAAGUGCCAUGGCCCCCAGGAGCACGAAAACUCAUGUGAAAUAAGAAAGAAGAGGCCUCAGGACUCGGGGUGCAUUCCCAGUCCACAGACCUUUGCCCAGAGACCUUUUUCCAGAGCAUCAGGACAGAGCAGAGCAGAUUUCCCAGGAACGGGGGAGAAUGAUCAAGUCACAGAUGUCAUUUGAGGACGUGGCUGUGGACUUCACUUUGGAGGAGUGGCAGCUGCUUAAUCCUACCCAGAAGACCUUGUACAGGGAUGUGAUGUUGGAGAACUAUAGCAAUCUCGUCUUCUUGGGUUAUCAAAUGAUCAAACCUGAGACGAUUUUCAAACUGGAGCAAGAAGAGCCAUGGAUAUUAGGUGAAGAAAUCCUAAGUCAGAACUUUCCAGAAGAAGUCUGGCUAGAUAAUAAUCUCAAAAUGUGGCACCAGGAUAAUCAAGACAAGCUUAAAAGUAUGGAGAGAGGCCAUGAAUAUGACGUCUUUGGGAAAAUGUUUCAUUCAGGCAUUAACUUUGAUCAUUUAGGAAUGAGAUCUCAUAAAUGUGGCACAGGUGAAAAAAGUUUGAAACAUCCUUUUGAUUUUCUUAUUCCAAAAAGUAACUGUGAAAGAAAAAAACUUGAUGAGCUUAAUAAGAAAUUACUAUUCUGUAUCAAGCCUGACAAAACCUGUGGUGGAAUAAAAUACUCUGAUUGCAGUAAAUGUAGAAAAGUCAGCAGUAAAGAGCCAGGGCUCAUUACAAACCAAAUAGCACAUACAGGAGUCUGUUUAUGCAUGGAAUGUGGUAAGGUUUUUAACAAAAAGUCACAGCUCAUUAUACAUCAGAGAACUCAUACAGGAGAGAAGCCCUACGGAUGCCGUGACUGUGGGAAAGCUUUCUCCCAGAAGUCAUUACUCACUAUUCAUCAAAGGACUCAUUCAGGAGAAAAGCCAUACGGGUGUGGUGAAUGUCAAAAAGCUUUCAGCAGGAAGUCACUGCUCGUUUUACAUCAGAGAACUCAUACGGGAGAGAAGCCCUAUGGCUGCAGUGACUGUGGGAAGUCCUUUAGCAGGAAGUCACAGCUUCAAAGGCAUCAGAGAACCCACACAGUAGAGAAGCCCUAUGGCUGCAAUGACUGUGGGAAGGCCUUCUCCCAGAAAAUAAGGCUCAUUACACAUCAGAGGACACACACAGGGGAGAAGCCCUACAAAUGUAGUGAUUGCGGAAAAGCCUUCUUUUGGAAGUCACAGCUUAUUACUCAUCAGAGGGUUCAUACAGGGAAGAAACCAUAUGCGUGUAGUGAGUGUAAAAAAGCCUUCAGCAGGAACUCACUCCUCAUUAGGCAUCAGAGGAUCCACACAGGAGAGAAGCCCUAUGAAUGCAGUGAAUGUGGUGAAGCCUUCAUCAGAAAACCGCAACUUGUCAAACAUCAAAUGACUCACACAGGAGAGAAGAACUAUCAGUGCAGGAACUGUGAAGAAGCCUUCUUUAAGAAGUCAGAACUAAUUAGACAUCAGAAAGCUCAUUUAGGAGAAAAACCCUAUGGAUGUGUUGAAUGUGGAAAAACCUUCUUUGGGAAGUCACAGCUCCUGACACAUCAGAGAACUCACACUGGAGAGAAACCUUAUGAAUGCGGUGCCUGUGGGAAAGCCUUCACCCAGAAGUCCAGCCUGGUAUCUCAUCAGAGGACACACACAGGGGAGAAACCCUAUGAGUGCAGCGAGUGUGGGAAAGCCUUCAGUGAGAAGUCAAGCCUAAUUCACCAUCAAAGAACCCAUACUGGAGAGAAACCCUUCGAAUGUAGUGAGUGUAGGAAAGCUUUUGCCUGGAAGCCACAGCUUCUUAGGCAUCAGAGAAUUCAUACAGGGGAGAAACCCUAUGAAUGCAGUGAGUGUGGGAAGGCAUUUGUUCAGAAAGUACAGCUCAUUAAGCAUCAGAGAAAUCAUACAGGAGAGAAGACCUAUGGAUGCAGUGAUUGUACAAAAGCUUUCUUUGAGAAGGCGCAGCUCAUUAUACAUCAGAGGAUUCAUACAGGAGAGAGACCCUAUAAAUGUGGGGAUUGUGGGAAAUCUUUCACUAGAAAGUCACACCUUAUGAGGCAUCAGAGAAUCCAUACAGGAGAUAAAUGCUAUAGAUGCAGUGAAUGUGGGACAGCCUUCCACAGGAAGGCGCAGCUCCUGAUACAUCAGAGAAGUCAUAUGCUGUAGACACGGGGCGAGUGCAGUGAGUAUGGGGAGUCUGCCAUCAGGUGUCAGGCCCCUCACACUCCAAGGACAUGUACAGGAGAGAAACCCUGUCACUGCAGUGACUGUCUCACCAUACAGAAUUCAGAAAGAGAACUUUUUUUAAGUAGGCAAUAUAGGAAAGCCUCUCCCAGAAAAAACUUAUUACAUAUUGAUGGCUCCUCAGUGUGGAAGUCUUAUCAGUAUUGUAAUAAGUACAGACCUUUCAGUCAAAAGUGACAGCCUAUUAAAUAUUUAGAAGACCUAAACAGGAGAAAAACUCAAUUGUCAUAACAAGUAAGUGAAAGAUUUCACCAGGAAAGGGUAACUCAGAGUACACUAGAGAAUACAUACACAAAGGUAAUACUGAGUAUUAUAUAUUAGAGAUCUCAUGCAGAGGAGUAGUCCUAAUAAUUUGAAGAAUUUGAUAAGCAUGAUCCUAUUAAAAUAAUUCUAAAAGAAAGAUGUGUACAUUGUAUAUAAAUUAUUAUAAGAAAAUAGGCAUUUUAAAGUGGUAGCUGUGUUUUAUGUGUGAAGACUUCUGCUUCCUGCUAUGGUGCUGUAGGAAGAACCAGAUAAACUCCUGCCUUAAGCAGCUAGAAACCGUACCAUUUAUGAAAUAGUGGUUUUUAGACAUAUGUCAAACACAGGUUUGUGAUCCCUGGCAGGAGGUGGACAAGGUGAGGAGAGCCCCACGACUGCCCAGCCUAGACCCUGGGGGCAGCGUCCAGGCUGCAGGUCAGGGAGGGGAAUGAACGUGGUCCUGCUGUACUGAAGAGAGUUGCCGAGUUGGCGUCUGGGGAGCCCUGGUGACUAGAAUUUGCAGGGAAAAGUGCUGGAUAGGAAGGAGCUUCCCAGAGAGGGCCUGCAGAAAUCCACAGUGAGUCCCCCUUUGAGUCUGUGGGCUUUAGCGCUGAAGCUGGGACCAUGAGAGCGGCACUGGGGAGCAGUGAGCUGGCCGAGCCCUGGAGCUCAGCACAGGUGGGGACAGUUCACGUUCCCACCAGCCAC